ACACAUAAAAUAAAAAUGAUUUAAAAAAAACUACUUCAACAGAUUAUGCUGGGGUGAAUCCAUCAAAAUAAUGGUUUCUUUCGUUUGAUUUUUAAACACUAUAGCCCCAAAUUCUUUUGUCCUAUCCAUUUUUUGUUUGUCCCUGGGGUUCAGCCUGGACAAUAUUGACAUACCCUGUAAAGACAUUUUAGCCGUGGAAAAGCCUCAUAACUUUUGGCAGUUUCUACAAGGAUCUGGAGCUUAUUUCCAGCCAGACACAAGCACAUCCCUGGGGGCCAGAAAAGUCAAGAGUCUUGACAGCCCUGGACCCUACCACACACAGACUCGAGAGUGCACUUUCACCCUGCUUUCUAGCAGCCAGUUUAUUUUUGUUACUGUAGAAUAGAUAGAGGACAUUCUGGUUUGUUGUCUUGUGUAGCCAAGGCUGCUUUCUAACUCCUUUAGCCUUCCACCUCUCAAGUGCUGGGAUUACAGUGCCACGCUAGCAUGGCUGACUUUCCGUUUAUCUUUUGUUGUGUUGGGGAUCAAACCCGAGGUCUUGUGCAUGUCAGGCAAGCACUUUAGCACUGAGCUACACUUCCAGCUCCAAGGUUGUAUUUUAAAAUGGAAACAUGCCUAAAGAGGGCGGGCUGUUGUUAGAAUAAAUAUGGUGUUUGGAAAGGGUGCCACAGCCCAGGCUGGAGUCGUAUCACUGCUAGAGCCUUCAUCCUCUCGGCUUCUUCCUUUUCUGGAGAAGAGUGCUGAUGUCUCUUCAGUUCUCCCGAGCCCUCCUGAGUCCCCCCUCCCCUCCAGGAUGUCAGGCUGUGGUAAAAUGGUAAACCGUCGAGGCACAGAGCGCUUGAGUGGGCAAACACCUGCAACCCAUAAAUGUCAUUUGACUUCACUACUAGCUAUACAUCUGACGGCUUCGACAUCACCAGGCUUAGAUGGAGUUGAGGUUUCAGUGGAUCUGAAAAGCAAGACCUGGCUUGACCGGGCGGAACUGUGGUGCUGACCCUGCCGCGGGAGGCGGGGGAAGACUAGGAGAGAGCCCCGCGCCUGCGUACCGCCAUCUUACUGCCGGAGCGCGCGCGGCGCCUGGCCGUAUGUUUGUCCCGGGCGGGCCCGGCACCCGGCAGGGCGGGGCCGGCCAUGGCGACCGGAGAGUUCCUCGGCCACGCGGUGCGGACGUCCACCCCUGGCCCCCGGCCUGGCGCGGCCCCCGAGGGCGCGGCAGGAGCUGCGGGGCUGCCCUCCGGGAGGAGCGCCCACCCAGCUCUCCGGCCCGGGGAGCGCAGCGCGGCAGUGGAGAAGCGGGGACCGUACAUGGUGACGCGCGCACCUUCCAUUCAGGCCAAGCUGCGUGAGUGUGGCGGGAGGCACAGAGGGUCUCAGCCGGGGCGGGCUGCUGCGACCCGGGGCGGACCCCCGAGCUCCGUGAUCUUGCCCCCAGAGGGAAGGUGUUCAGAGAAGCACCGGGACCUGGCCAAGGCCGUUCUGCGGAGAAAGGGCAUGCUGGGGGCCUUGCCGAACCGCCCCAACUCUUCAGGAAAAAGGUCAGUGAAGUUUAACAAAGGCUAUACUGCUCUUAGCCAGAGUCCAGAUGAAAACCUGGUGUCCCUUGAUUCUGACAGUGAUGGGGAGCUGGAAUCCAGAUACUCCUCCGGGUAUUCCUCUGCAGAGGUGAACCAGGAUGUGAGCCGGCAGCUGCUACAGGAUGGAUAUCACCUGGAUGAGAUUCCAGAUGAUGAGGACCUGGACCUCAUUCCUCCUAAACCUAUGGCCUCUUCCACAUGCUCCUGCUGCUGGUGCUGUCUUGGGGACUCUUCCUGCACCCUCCAAUAGACAUAACCUUUCAAGAUGGGCCCUGCUCACCAUGAGGCUUAUAGAGCCCUCCUGGCCCUUCAUAGCUCAGUACAAUGGGCACUGCUGCCAGCCCAGAAUCACUGGAGGCACUGACCCUUUGGGUAGGUCAGUGACCUACAAGCAGCCCCCUCAGCUGAUGCUUCUCAGGUCAGAGGCUCCCAUCUGGGUCAUAGGUGGAAUACUGAAGUUCUUCUCUCUUGGUCGAACAGUUUCAAGAAGCCACUUAGGGCAGGAGUAGAGACAUUGUAUACUCUUCUGGUGGCUGACAGGUGGCUAUGAAAACCACUUGAAGGCAUCCUGACUGGUGUUUGUCACAGUGUUCUAAGGAAGGGGAAAAAGAAAGCUCCUUUGCCCAGGCUGUGCUGGAUGGUGUGGGAGGCAUAAGGCACUUUAUAACUUGCAACUAGGAAUCUGAAAAAGAAUGUGACUAGAACCAGUCAAAAAAUUCCAUAUGCUUUUCUCAUCCCCAGUUCUGAGGGUGGUUUGAGCUCAAGAGAGCACAAAGUCAAGGGGCUGGAGAGAUGGCUCAAAGGUCGGUAGUCGCUUCAAAUUACCUCUGUCUAGUUAUGGCGGGGAAUCUCAUGGGUUAUUGAAUGAAGUAGCAGGAUCAUAGCUUUCAGAAUCUCUGGACUUGGGACAUGCUCAGUCAUCUAGGUGAGUUUAGUAACACUGGCCAGCCCUUCCUUAGUUAAAGAAAAACUGCUCUAUCAUGUACAUAUUUAUUUAUUUGUAGUUCCUUGGUCUUGGCUAGCUUCUCCACCCUGUUUUUGAGAUAGAGGUUGGUUUGAGUUAGGUAAUUGGGGCUGGUACCAGAAACCUGUUUUUGUGAUGACCAGCAGAGGGAGCUGCUGGGCAGUCUAUGCCUUCCUGUUUAGCUUUUUAAACUUUGACAAGUAGCAGUGUGUAAGACAUGUUGUCCUGGUGUACCAGUGUGGUUUUUGGCCAGUAGAAGCUCUCAGGAUGGGGAGAGACCUAAGCUCACUCCUAGACCCCACCUGAAGAGACAGAUGAAUCUACCAUGCAGGGAGCCUCCCCUCUUCUAGCACUGCUCAUUUCUAUGAUCUGGUAUUCUGCCCCAGCACAAGGCUCGCAGGCAGGAGGUGUAGCUCUAGUAGCGCAUUUGCCUAGUGUGUGCAAGGCCCUGGAUUCAAGUCCCAUCUCUGAAAACAAAAAGAAAAAACCUACCAGAACCAAGGGUUGGGCUUUACAACAGACCUCUGGGUGAGCAUAGCCUUGUCUCUCAGCCUGAACACAAGCAUAAUUUCUCCUGUGAUCUCCCCUCUGGAAAAUUUCUCUUGCUUUAUUAAGUGUUGUGAAAUUUAAUUUUCCAGUGCCCUCUCACCCACCUUUUCUUUACCUUACCCAGGAACAUGGUGAGACUUGGGUGGGGUGGACAGGGUUCCCAGCGUAAAGGACACAGUAAUUGGGAUUAGAGGGUUGGCCCCAAUGUGGGAAUACUCAGUCUCUUGCUUCGUGCAAUGUCCUGGGACCACUAGAGGCCUAGGAGGGGUGGUAUAGACUCUUUGGCCCUUCUGCAAGGUUACUAAAAAUAAGUAAAAUCAAAAGAUAUGGCCUUAUUUGUUAUUUGCCAGCUUAGCUACCUAGCUGCAUCAUAGAGAGGUGAUGAGACCAACCAGAGGAACAUCUGCUUGGGUUCUAGGGUCAAGGCGAUAGAUGCUUACUCUGUUCUGCAGUGGGACUCUGCAACUCUACACAGUACCCAACAUUCUGAGCACUUUGUACAUCUCCCGUACCCAUCAUAAACCAGGGUUCAGCCUUCCAGAAUUCUGCACAGGCAAAGAGCACCUGUAGAAAGGGAACACUGUAGAAAAAGAUUUGGUGGUAGGGACUUGGUGGGGCCAGAGGUGGUUGUGGAAGCUAAGUGUGGAACCACAUUUCUGUUAAGAGAUUUGGUUAGGACAGAAUAACCUGGGCAUUUGGUAGCUGCUAGAGUGAAGGGGUGAUAUUACCCCCAAACCACACCCUCUGGAUAGCUGUUGCUGUGUUCAACACUGAGGUACCUGGCUGGAACUGUCCAUGGAGUGGAAGUUCCAGAACUGUCCCUGUGUAGAAGAGUUUUACUUUGUGGGGAAAACUCUGGGGAUCUGGAACAGGGGAGUGUCCAAUAAGGCCAUGAAGAUAAAGAUGGUCAGUUAUUAG